AUGGCUGAUGGAGCAGAAAACGCAAACACUAACGUGAAACCAGAAAAAGUUGAAAAAAACAAAUCAAAAAAAGAAAACGUCAAAAGAUCAAAAGCUUUCGGUGUUAGAAACGCACGGAUUGCACAUUCCGAACGCCAUAGGUGCAAUGUGGCAAUUAAAAUUGUUUCAAAACUUCAAGAGGCGACCGAUUAUUUAGAAAAAUUCCUACCCAGAGAAAUCGAAGUGGUCAAAGGCCUUAGGCAUGAUAAUUUAAUCAGAUACUAUCAAGCGAUCGAAACAACACACCGAGUUUACAUCAUUAUGGAAUACGCGGAAAAUGGGAGUUUAUUGGACAUCAUUAAAAGAGACGGUAAAAUAGACGAUAAUAGAGCUCGAAAAUGGUUUAUGGAACUUGUGAACGCUGUAGAAUAUUGCCACACAAAAGGAGUCGUACACAGAGACAUAAAAUGUGAAAACUUGUUGAUGGACACCAGUUACAAUAUCAAGUUAUCGGAUUUCGGAUUCGCUCGAAAUAAUAUGAUAAAGAAAAAUGGUCAGAUGAGAACGAGCAGCACGUUCUGUGGCAGUUACGCUUACGCGUCACCAGAAAUAUUAAAAGGCAUACCUUAUCAGCCCAAUACCUCUGACAUUUGGUCCAUCGGAGUAGUGCUUUACGCCAUGAUAUUUGGAACUCUGCCCUUUGACGAUACAACUUAUCAAAAGUUACUAAAACAAGUACAAAAGCCAGUUUCAUUCCCUCGAGACGUAAUUAUUUCCGAUUCCUGUAAACAGAUGAUAAUAAAAUUACUGGCACCGUUGAAAGUUCGUUUGAAUAUAUCAGAUAUUAAAAAUCAACCGUGGAGUCAGCGACAGACCAAAGUCCAACUGAUAAAAAUGAGCCCGAACGAACAGUAUCUUGACGGGUAA